AUAAAAACUUAGCCGUGUCGGAUAGAAACUUUCGGGAAGAGCAGGAGGGAGGGGGACACCAGGAGUGAAAGUGUAAUAAACCGACAAGCGAGCAUGACCGACGCCGAGGCGCAGAGCGCUCCACCAUCGGCACCGGUGGAAGACAAGCCUCAGCCGGAGAGGAAAGUCAUAGCCACCUUGGUGCAAGGCACAGUGAAAUGGUUCAAUGUACGUAACGGAUAUGGCUUCAUAAACAGGAAUGAUACCAAAGAGGAUGUGUUUGUUCAUCAGACUGCUAUCAAGAAAAACAAUCCUAGGAAAUUCCUCCGCAGCGUGGGAGACGGGGAGGUUGUGGAGUUUGAUGUGAUUGAAGCAACUAAGGGCUCCGAAGCAGCAAAUGUGACCGGCCCUGGCGGUAUUCCAGUCAAAGGCAGCCGUUACGCACCGAACAAACGCCGCUUCCGUCGACGGUUCUUCCCCCGCAACCCUCGGCCCGGCGACCAGGGCAAGCCGGCUGAUGGCCAAGCCCCCUCUGUUGAGGGCGAGGGAUCAGGGGAGAACGAUGGUACGAGACCUCAGCAGCGCCGUCGUAGGCCCCGCAGACCACGGCAGGAGGGACAAGAUGGGGAAGCUGAAGAGCAACAGAACGGAGUUGCAGAAGGCAAUCAAACGCAGCGACCACCACGGCGUAGAUUCUGGCGCCCAUACCGCAGGCCGUUCCGCCCAAAUUCAGCUACUGAUGAGCCAACAGAGGGCCAGCAGGCAGCUGCUCCAGAGGAGACCCGGGAGCAGACGGAGGCCUCUGAAGCCCCCCAGACCAACGGAGAAGCAGCUGAGGGCCAAGACCAGAAAAAACAACGGCGCCAGUCGAGACGACGUAGACAAAGGAACUCUGAGUCCUCUACCUCUAAAAACGAUACAGAGAAGUCUGCAUCGGAGCCUGGUACCCCUCCUCCGACCUCAAAGCAAGCUGACCUGAAAUCCACAUCCAAAUCACCAAAGUCCUCCCCCAGAACUUCCCCUAAACCACCAAAAUCACCCGAGGAAGCUGCCACAACAGUCCCGGCACCAACAGAGUGACGCUCGCAAGAAAACAGUCAUGUUACCCUUGGCAAGAGGUCCAAGGGUUGAAGAACUGGACCUAUUUCAGAACACAUGCACUGCUCUCCCCUCCCUGCACUCCCCCAUCCUCCAACCCACCCUGUCUCGCUGUCAUCCCUCAGACCCCCCUUCACCCCCUCCCAUCUUGUCAUGUGUUGUCUAGACACUGACGUUUGGAGAGGGACGGGGUAGGGAAGAAGGGGAUACAGGUGGGUGGUGGGAACAUAUUUAGAAAUGUAAAAGUACAUCUUUUUAAAAGAAAAAUGGGAAAGAAUGGAUGAUCUGCUUGGUAGCCCAGUUAUUCCAACCCCCCUUUAAAAACAUUUUUCUUUAAUUGACAAGAUGGGCCACAUCAAGUAGUUUACUAGAGGAACCAGCCUUGAUUUUUAUUUAACUUUUUAAUUUGGUUGAAGAGGGGAAAACCAAGCAGGUGUGAGGUUGGUGGUGCAUUAAGGGAGUCAGUUUAGUUCUGUUACCACCUCGAUCAAUUCUUAAAACCUACUCAUUUUCCUCAGUUCAGGAUGGAUUGAUGAAAAGAAACUUUAUUUCUUUGUUUUAUUUGUGUGUGUGCUUUUCUUUGGAGGGGAAUAUGUGCAAUGUCAGUACUUAAAAAUACUAAUUAAUAAAUCAUGUUUGCAAAUCUCA